AUGCUGGGCCAGGCCAGCCAGAACCAAUACGGAUACUACUAUACCCAGGGACAAGCUUCUUCAUCUCAAAGCACGCCCUACGCGUAUUACCAUAUGCCUUCGGCUGCGUGGGGAAAUGCAUGGCCCUCCUACGGCGCACCAAGUGCUUACUAUCCAUACGCCCAGCCUCCAACCAUGUCGCAACCAGCAACGAUACAACAUGCUCAUGCCACAUCAGACGCAAUAAGCGAAACCGUGAAAGGGCCAUCUGUAGCACCUUCACCAUCACCACCACCGCGUCUGCAUAAACACUGGGACGGUGUUAUACGCGCCUUUUUGACCGACGCCGGUCUCACACAAGCACUACGAGGAUUCGAUUCCGACAUGAUUGUCAUGAACCCAGACUGCCAACGAAAGAGGAUACCGAAGGCCCUUGACGACCUAGCACUGAAGGAUCACCAAUCAGACACAUCGGCCGAUGGCGAUGCUAAAGCAGCCUCCGAACAGACGUCGUUAGAAGAUAGGAAGCUUCAGUAUUUGCACCUUGUGCGCGGCGCUGAACCUAAGUCACAAACCUCAAUAAACAAAGACAUAUCCAGAUUUUUGGCCCGUAACCGCGCUCGCAAUGAUGCGUCUAAUCGCCAGGAGUUCCUGCGGUCCCUCGCGGAGAAACGCCGUGGUCUUCAGCAGAUUGCUGAUGAUACUGGACCGACCUUGACACCCCCUUCGUGCGCUCGUACCGAUGCGAAAACGCAAGACCGAGACGUACAAAUGAAAUAUGACAUAGCGAAGAACGAAGACGGGCCACUGCGCAAGACCCUGAUGCAUCGUGAGAAAUCACCGGCCACAAAUGCGGGUAAAGGGGGCCCAGAGAUUAGCUAUAUCAGUGCGAGCCGGUUCCCCGGACUAGGUGGACGAUUGCAGAAUGUCGAAUCGCACCUCGCUGUCCGCUACGUCCCAUCUCCGCCGAAAUGCCUAUUGGAUCGUAUCAAGUUCCUCGAGGACCACAUCGUGCAGCUGGAGAAAGAGUACCCGCCAUGGGCUGCUCUGCACUUUAACCAACCUAGACGCGGUUGGCCACCCCCGCCUCGACCGACUCCGAUUAUUGUUCCUUCACACCUCACAUCAACCGCUUCGCAUGAGACUCGCUCAGGCUCUCAGCAGGAGCAGCACCCCCAGGCCCCGGAAGCCGUCGCAAUGUCGGUGACUGCGUCUGGGAGCGACUCCGAACCAACCUCUGCCAAGGGCAAAGGAAAGUCUGGUCGGACUAAGUCUAGUCUUCAUCGCGCAGUGAUGGAGAAGCUGGAAGUCCAAAAAGCCAUGCACGACCUUGCUGGCCCCAGCGACGGAGGGUGA